AUGUCGCACGUCACCUUUGACAACAUUUUCAUCGGCGAUUCGAGCGAGCUUGGAAAGCUGCGCUUCAACCCUGCCGGAUUCGGCUGGAAGUCUUACAAGGAUGAGAACAACACGCCCACGACUUUCAACGGUGCCGACGUCCGCGGCGCGGUCUGGAUGCGCGUGGCCCGCAACUUCCAGCUGAGGCUGUCGAUGAGGACUCCGGACCAGCCUCGGGUUACUUUCGAUGGAUUCAAGCGCGAGCUAACGCCAGACAACGACCUUGCCUUUGAGGUUCAGCACAAGACGGCUUUCGAGCUUCCCCUGUCUCAGGUCGCGAACUCGAACAUCGCCGGCAAAAACGAGGUUUCCAUCGAAUUCAUGCCGAAGACGUUCGAGGGCAACAACGCGCGCGACCCGGACGAGCUCGUCGAGAUCCGCUUCUACGUGCCCGGCAAGAGCAAGAAGCCCAAGGGAAGCGACGCUGGCAGUGACGAGGAGCCCGAGACCGACGUCGACGAGGAGGGUAAUGAGAUCAGCGCCGCUGAGGCGAUGCACAACAUGAUCAAGGACAAGGCCGACAUUGGCGCCGCUGUCGGCGACUCCAUUGUUGUCUUCGAGGAGGUGCUCGUUCUCACGCCCCGUGGUCGUUUCUCGCUCGAGUUCUUCCACGAGUCGCUCCGCCUGCUCGGAAAGUCUACUGACUACCGUGUGCCCUUCAGCUCGAUCAACCGCAUCUUCCUCCUCCCCAAGCUCGACGACCUCCACAUCCAGCUCGUUCUUGGCCUCGACCCUCCUAUUCGCCAGGGUGCUACCCGCUAUCUCUUCCUUGUUGCCCAGUGGCCCAAGGACGAGGAGGUCGACGCUGAGCUCAACCUGGACGACGAGGAGAUCGCCAAAUACCCGGACCUGCAGAAGAAGAAGUACGAGGCGCCCACCUUCCAGGUCAUCUCCCGUGUCCUCAAGUCUCUGACCGGCAAGAAGGUCACUCCUCCUGGCAACUUCCGCAAUGCUCAGGGCGUCAACGGCAUCAAGGCGAAUGUCAAGGCUGUACAGGGAGAGCUCUACUUCUUGGAGAAGGGUCUCAUCUUCAUCGCCAAGCAGCCCAUCCUCAUCGACUUCAGCAAGACGGAGAGCAUUUCGUUCUCUCGUGUCGGCGGUGGAGUCGCCUCUGCGCGUACUUUCGACAUGCGUGUUACCUCUAAGACGGGUACCGUCCCCACUGUGUUUAGUGCCAUCAGCAAGGAGGAGGCUGGCCCCAUCUCGCAGUUCCUCGCGAGCAAGAACGUGCGGCUCAAGAACGAGAUCGACGAUGUCAUGGACGUCGACGCCGUCAUGGACCUGGACUCGGAUGACGAUGACGACGUCUCGAUCAACUCUGAGGACGAGGGUCGCAAGAAGAAGAAGAAGGGUGACAAGGCUGCCGUCCGCCGUCCCGUCGACGACGAUGAUGAGUCCGAGGACGAGGACUUCAUGGAGGAGUCUUCUGACGGCGGCUCGCCGUCCGAGUCUGACUCUGACGAUGAGGACAGUGGCUUUGCUUCCGACGCAUCAGAUCCUAUGAUGGAGGAGCUCAGGAAAAAGCAGGAGGCCAAGGCGAACAAGAAGAAAAAGAAGGCGGCCGAUUCUGACGGCGAGGGCCCCUCGAAGAAGAAGUCGAAGAUGGACGUGGAUUAA